GAUUUCCUGCAAGAUGUGUUGCAGAUUGAGACAGCUGGAGAGAGCAUUAAAACAAAUGAGUUUUUAUCUCAAAACUUGCAAAAUGAUAAGAAAGAUAAAGUUUGUGAAGUAGUUCUAGAUAAACAAUUUGUUCCAGAAAAAAAUGGAUGUGCCAGCAAGUACAUAACUGAUGACAGUUUUGAUUUUAGUGAUGAUUUUCCUUUUGAACUGGGUGAUGAAGGUACUGUCAGUGGCCAACAAUCACAGGAUGAUAACAUGCCACCAGAUGCUGCUUAUAGAGCACCUCAACCAAUCUUAUCUCCUACACAGCAUACAGAUGGAGAUGGUAACUCUGUCAACACAAAUAAAAUUAGUGAUGGAAAUGUAGAUUUCAGAUCAAAAAUCCUCAAGACAUUGAAUGAAACAAAGAAAGAUAAUCCUAGGUCACAAGAUAGCUUCACAACCAAGGUUUGCCAGGAAUCUGUAAAAAAUAACAGUAUGUCCAUUUUGAGGACAGAAAAGAGGAAGGUGCCACAUAAUGUAUCUGAGGAUGACAAGACCUGUGCAUCCCUCAGCAAAAGAACUUACUUUAAGGAAAAUAAAGAAUUUACAUCAGUAACACAAUCAUCAUUACCAAAACAGUCAUCACAAAUGACCCCUGGUACUAUAAGUCACACUGUAGGGAAAGGAUCUAAUUGUGAUUUUGCAGUGAAUGAUAACCAGCAAGCUAAAGGGGAAAAUUUUGCUGUAUCUUCCACGCCUAUCAAACCGGGAGCACCCAGCAUCUGCACCAUCAGGAGUCCUAGGGGACCACUGAUUCAGAGAAGGAAGUUCCCAGGACCUGCAGGGAUCCUACCUGAUCUGGGAUCCAGUGCAACAGAAUCCUGUGUACUAAAACUGCAAGAGAAAGCUGCUCCAGUUCCUGUGCCUCAGGAAGUGGUGUGUUCACAAAAUUCUGCAAAUGAUUUUACCUGUGGCCCAUGGCAGCAGAUGUUAAAUGAUUUAGAAUUGGACCAGAAUAAUCCCAAGUGCCCUCUUGAAGUCUUCAAUAUUAAAUGGGUUCUUCGAAGAGCAAGCUUAAGGGGCCAGGCUGCAGUGCGAAAAGUACCUUUUUUAGCAGUUAUGCUACGGAAUCUAGACGUGACUCAUGUUGACGCCCAAGCUUUGCUGAAAGACAAAACAGGUGAAAUGAAUGCCACAGUUGCAAGUUCAGUGAUGGAGGAGUAUGGACCCUUGCUGCAAACAGGGUCUGUUCUGCUUCUGCGCGGGGUGACUGUUCUGUCACCUGUUGGUGUACGAACCACUUCGAGAGAACACCUACGGAAGCACUAUCUCAACAUUACUCUCAAUACUAUUGUUACCAUCUAUACUCCUGAUGAUUCUGGAAAUGUCAUUAGAACACUGAUUAGUAAAGUGGACAAGAAUGAGUUAUAUAAUGAAGCAGCAGCUCCCAAAACUGCAGCCUGUUCAAGAGCAAUUGUGGAGGAGGAAGAAGAUGAAAUAAUGGAAAUGCCAUUGAAUAAUAAUCAAUCGCUUUUUUCUGUCAGUGAUUCUGUAGCUAGAAAUUCACUCCACUCCAAUCAAGUGUCUUUCCAUCAAAAACAACUGCCAAAUUAUAGGUCCCCAACAGCAGGUGGCAACAACUCGGUUCAAAAUUUCAAUACGAAAGUGCAGAGCAAGAAUAAUUCAACACUCCCUGUUAGUGCAAAUAGUCCAAGGUUGCAAUCUGGAGUCAGUUCAGUUCUGCCAGGCAUUACAAACUCUCCUCAGUCAAGGGGGUUUCAGUUCAGUCACCCAAGAGUAUCAACUCCGAUCAUGAGCAGAAAUUAUACUGCUAGACCUGAAAAACCAGAGCCUAGAGCACAACAGCCUCAAAACACCACUUCAUCACAGAGCAAACCAUUCUUUUCCUUUCGGCCAUCAGGACAGCAGGCUGCAACUUUGGCAUCAGGCAGACCAAGCAGUGGUCCUUGUGAUUUUCCACUUAAUAGCAAUAACCAGAUAAAGGAAACUGAUGAAAAGGAAGUUAGAGAUCUGCUCAACAGUGUUGAUGCUGAAUCAUUGUUUGGAGAUUUUUGAUCAUAAAGUAAAAGGUGGAUUGAUAUUGUUCCUCUGUACUAGAAACUGUUUUUUGUUUCAUUGCAAAUUUUGCAUGUAAUUUCAUGAGAUGCAGUUAAUGUUCUUUUUGGCCAGGGAAUGAUAUAAAGCUACCCAUUAUGAAUAUGACUAUAUUAUUGUAGGAUUUCUUGAUAUCUGAUAAACAGGUAAACAAUGGGUUAGAUAUUUUUGUAUUUUUUAUAUUGUAUAUAUGGAUUACUAUGAGAAAUUAUAUUUCAUAUGAAUAAUGUAUAUUGUUAUUAGUAUCUUCGACUAUUGUUAGGUAUACGUGACAGCAAAAUAGAAAUAUAUAGAAUGAGUCUAAAUUAAAUGUUGGAAGUUAUUAUCACAAAUUGUGAAGUCAUAAUCAAAGAAUAAUUAUGAUAAAAAACAAACAAACUAAAAUUACUGUGUAUAUGCGCCAUUAUUUGCUUUCGUUAUUUGAAGAUAAUUUUCCCCAGAAUUAUUAUUAUUA